AUGGCCACCUUGUCAAAGCUCACAUCUUCAUGUAUGCAGGCUUUCUACAUCCCCGCAAAGCGCGGUUUUCGGUUAUAUCAGUGUAGAGGUGAUCUAAAGGCAAUUGACUGUUCCAGAUGCAUUUCAAGUGCUGUUAGCCAAAUUGGGUUGGUGUGUCCUUACACAUAUGGGGCUAGUCUGCAAUUAGAUGGUUGUUUUGUGAGAUUUGAGCACACAGAUUUUCUGGGAAAACUGGACACAAGUCUUAGAUACAGAAAGUGCAGUAGAAGUGUGAGUAAUGAUGUGGAGUUUUUUCGGCGAAGAGACGAUGUUCUCGCUGAUUUGCAGGGUGCAAUAGGGUUUAGGGUUAGUUCUUCAGGUUUGAUUGAAGGUGUUGCACAGUGUUUGGGGGAUUUGAGUGCAGUGGAUUGCUCUUCUUGUCUUUCUGAGGCUCUUGUGAAGUUGAAGAGUUUGUGUGGAUCUGCUGAAGCAUCGGACGUGUUCUUGGCGCAGUGUUAUGCUCGGUACUGGGCAUCUGGAUACUAUGAUGCUUCUUCUGAUUCCUCCGACAAGGAUGAAGUAGGAAAAACAGUAGCCAUAAUCGUCGGCGUAGUGGCAGGCGUCGCAGUGGUGAUAGUUCUUCUCUCAUUUUGCAGAAAAGCAGUAGGUUGA